AUGUCGUCGCUGGACAUACCCAGCCUCCGGCGAGCCGGUGCCGUCUGCAGGUCCUGGCGCGCGGCGCACAACGCCUUCUGCCUCCCCGCGCUGGAGCGAGCGCCGUGCCUGUUCUACGCCUGCGAGGAGUACGGGCCCAACGACGCCGCACUCUACUGCCCCGCCACCGGCGCCACCUUCCGGGUCCCCUUCCCGGGGCCCCCGCAUGAGAGGCGGGGCUUCACCUUCGCGUGCCACGGCGGCUGGCUGUUUACCACCGACGAGGCCGGCGACCCUUACCUCCUCAACCCCGUCACCGGCGCCCAGGCCACGCUCCCUCCGGUCAAAACUAUCUACCAGAACGACGAAUUCUAUGACGACGGUGGCAAGCAUGUCUGGUCUGCUGACCCCGAGAACGGGAUCAUGAAACCCAGCAUCAGCUGGGCGCGACACCUGGUGUUCCUUCGGGUUGCCAUCUCUACGACCGCCGAUGUGACGGAAUGCACCGUCCUCAUCGUGCAUAAUCCGAAGUGGAGACUCUCUUUUGCCAGGCCGGGAGACGACCGGUGGACACUGGUCUCCCAGGAUGGAGGCUACAUUGACAACGUUCUUUACAAUGACAAGGAUGGCUUGUUCUACAUUUUGUAUGCGAAUGGCUCUAUUGGUACUUUAAAUCUUUGUGAGCCUUCACCAUCAGUAACCAUGAUCAUGCGCAGCGUGUUACCCUCGUUAGGAUAUCAUACCAUGUAUCCUGUCAUCGGUCCAUCGGGUGAACUCCUGCAGGUCUGGAGGGACUGGAGUCACAUAGAUACUCUACUCAAGUAUCGUGCUAGAGACAGAAGAUAG